AUGAGUGAGGCCUUAAGUGAGAGCUCUAUCUUCAGUAAUUACAACAGUAUUUAUAAUGGAGCGAGAAUCUAUCCAUACAUUGAAUCUGGGACUAACUUUGACCAAGACUCAAGACUCAUGAAACAUCAGAGAACUCAAUUUUCAGAGAACCGUUAUAAAGGGAAUGAAUGUAGAAAUGUCUUUUAUCAAAGCUCAAAUCUUAUUACAGAUAAGAAUAUCCAUAUUGGAGAGAAUAAUUACAUUAAGGAAUGUGGUAAAGUUUUUAACCAGUCUUCAAGAGUUAGUCAGCAUCCGAAUAUUCAUGCUAGGGAGGAACGUUACAAGUGUAGUACAUGUGGGAAAGUCUUUAAUCAAUUAUUAAAUCUAAAUAGACAUAGGGAAAUCCAUACUGUAGGGAAACAUUACAGAUGUGAAGAAUGUGGCAAAGUCUUUAACCGACACUCAAGCCUUACUCGACAUCAGAGAAUUCAUACUGCAGAGAAGCCUUACAAAUGUACAGAAUGUGGCAAAGCCUUUAACAAGCGUUCAUAUCUUGCUCAGCAUCAGCGAAUUCAUACUGGAGAGAAAACUUAUAAAUGGAAAGAAUGUGGCAAAGCCUUUAACUGCCCCUCGAGUCUUACCCGUCAUGAGAGAAUUCAUACUGAGAAGAAACUAUAUAAAUGUACAGAAUGUGGCAAAGCCUUUAACAGGCGUUCAUAUUUUACUCAGCAUCAGAGAUCUCACACUGGAGAGAAACCUUUCAAAUGUAAAGAAUGCGGCAAAGCCUUUAACUGGCACUCAAACCUUGUCCAGCAUGAGAUAAUUCAUACAGGGGAGAAACCAUACAAAUGUAAAGAAUGUGGCAAAGCUUUUAAUUGCCACUCAAACCUUAUUCGACAUAAGAUAAUUCAUACUGCAGAGAAGCCUUACAAAUAUAGAUAAUGUGACAAAGCCUUUAUGAGCUGUCACCUCACUCAAUAUCAGGUAGUGCAUGGUGGAGGGAGACCCUACAAAUGUAAUAAGUGA